CGAACGUCCUGAACCGAGUGGAGGAGCUGCGAGGGCCGUCCGUCGACUCGUACGACAAGCUCAUCGCCUGGCUGGCCGAGAUGGCCGAGAGCGACAACGUCGAGCUCGACACCUCCGUCUUCGUCUCCCAGCUCAACCGCGUCUGCGGGGGCGCCACGCAGAACAAGUACCUGGGCGUGUCCACCAGCAACGGGGGCGUCGUCCCCACCCCAGGGAGUUCCUUAGUUUGCGGGAGCCGGCGCCCGCCCAACCUCCGGCAGAAUUCCACUUCCUGUGACAGCCACGCCAGUUCGGAUCUCACGAGACCUCGCGGGUCUACGAGAUCGGAGGAUUUUUUAGAUCCGAAAUCGGCUUGGAGGUCGGGGGUCAACUCUCGGCAGACGACCUUCAGCGAUGACCUUGAGGAGGAAGACUCCGAGGUGAAGAACGCGUCCAUGGAGUCGCUGUACAGCAGCACGGACCGAGACAGUGAGCUGGGCAGCAUGUCCGCCUACGACGCCAAACGCGACGGGGAAAACCCGAACGCGAUGACGUGCUCGCCUAUUUUUAGAACAUCCCUCGCCAAGCGAUUCUGCUGCGGGCGGAAACUUUUCGGCAGCCGGAACUGCAGCUCCAGCACCGGAAAUCUGGAUUUAUACGAGAGCGGCGACGCUUCUGAUGAGACGUGCGGGACCAACGACGUGCUGAAGCGUCGGAGCGUCAGCUUGCUGAACCUGUCCCCUCCCGUGUCGAUCCUCCCCGGGGAGAAUAUACCCAAGCUCGUCUUCACCAAAGAAGACGACGACAUGUACGAGCUGACCCCGCGGAUGGAGCUGAAGAGACAACGCCGGAAGAUGAACCCGAGACCGGUUUCCUCGAGCCGGAAACCGGCUAAAUUUGAAAGACAGACUUCCCUGCAGCCGGAUCUCAUCCCGACCACUCCCCCGGUGCCGGUCACGGUAGUCGUGCCGCCCAUUUUUACGACACCGCCGGAAACGGUCGCCGGAAAACCGCCGGAUGUUCCGGUGUUUUUAGACGACGCACUACUGGACGGAAAUAUCGCGGACAUUCUCUUCUCCGUGGAAGCUCUGUGGCCAAGAAAGUGA